UCGUUUUCACGCCAAGAAGACAAGUAGCAACAUGUUGUCCGCGUUGACGCGUUCGGCGCGCCGCCAGGUCAUGGUGCCCUCCUCGAUGGCCACGCGUGCGGCCUCUUCGACCCCGCUCUCGGUCUUGGACCCUGCCGGCAGCCCACGAUCGACGAGACGUACGCCAAGAUGGAGAAGAACCUCGCCAUCGUGCGCAAGAACAUCAACAAGCCGCUUACGUUGGCCGAAAAGAUCAUUUACGGCCACUUGGACGACGCCAACUUUGGCGUGCCCAAGCGCGGUGAGACGUACCUCAAGCUCCGCCCCGAUCGCGUUGCCAUGCAGGACGCCACGGCCCAGAUGGCGGUUCUCCAGUUCAUCUCGUCGGGCCUCCCCAAGACGGCCGUCCCGUCGACGAUCCACUGCGACCACUUGAUCACGGCCGAGAAGGGCUCGGUUGAAGACUUGAACACGGCCAACAUCGUGAACAAGGAAGUCUACGAUUUCCUCUCGUCGGCCGGCGCCAAGUUUGGCAUUGGUUUCUGGCAGCCCGGCAGCGGUAUCAUUCACCAGAUCGUCCUCGAGAACUACGCGUUCCCGGGUGGUCUCAUGAUUGGUACGGACUCGCACACGGUGAACGCCGGUGGUCUUGGCAUGUGCGCCAUCGGUGUCGGUGGUGCCGAUGCCGUCGAUGUCAUGGCUGGUAUGCCGUGGGAGCUCAAGGCCCCCAAGGUCAUUGGUGUCCACUUGACGGGCAAGCUCUCGGGCUGGACGUCGCCCAAGGACGUCAUCCUCAAGGUUGCCGACAUCCUCACCGUCAAGGGCGGUACCGGCGCGAUCGUCGAGUACUUCGGCCCUGGUGUCGAGUCGAUCUCGUGCACGGGUAUGGGCACGAUCUGUAACAUGGGUGCUGAAAUCGGUGCCACGUGCUCGACGUUCCCCUUCACGGAGCGCAUGGCCGACUACCUCGUCGCCACGAACCGCCCGGGCAUUGCCUCGGCGGCCCGGUCGUUCGCCGCCAACUUGCGCGCCGACGACGGUGCCCAGUACGACCAGAUCAUUGAGAUCAACCUCGACCACCUUAAGCCCCUCCUCAACGGCCCGUUCACGCCCGAUCGCGCCAACGUUGCCGGCGCGCCGAUGGCUGCUGCCUCGGCCGAGAACGGCUGGCCCACGGAGCUCAGCGCGGGUCUCAUCGGUUCGUGCACCAACUCGUCGUACGAGGACUUGUCGCGCUGCGCCGACUUGACGCAGCAGGCCAAGGCCGCUGGCCUCAAGUUCAAGGUCCCGUACUUUGUCACGCCCGGCUCGGAGCAGGUCCGCGCCACGAUCCAGCGCGACGGCAUCCUCGACACGUUCAAGGAGGCUGGCGGUACCGUCCUCGCCAACGCGUGCGGCCCGUGCAUUGGUCAGUGGAACCGCACGGAUGUCCCGAUGGGUGUGAAGAACUCGAUCGUGACGUCGUACAACCGUAACUUUGCCAAGCGCGCCGACGGCAACCCGGAGACGCACGCCUUUGUGACCUCGCCCGAGAUGGUCACGGUCUGCUCGAUUGCCGGCACGACCACGUUCGACCCGGAGGUCGACUCGAUCACGCUCCCCAACGGCAAGCAGUUCAAGUUUGAUGCGCCCCACGGCAAGGAGCUCCCGCCCCGCGGCUUUGACGCUGGCGAGGACACGUUCCAGGCGCCGCCCGCCGACGGCUCGAAGCUCACGGUCAAGGUCAGCCCGACCUCGGACCGCCUUGCGCUCCUCGAGCCCUUUGACGCGUGGAACGGCGAGGACAUGCUCAACAUGCCUGUGCUCAUCAAGGCCAAGGGCAAGUGCACGACCGAUCACAUUUCGAUGGCCGGCCCGUGGCUCAAGUACCGUGGCCACCUCAACAACAUCUCGAACAACAUGUUGAUUGGCGCCGUCAACGCCGAGAACGACAAGACGAACGAGAUCGUCAACCAGCACACGGGUGUGUGGGGCAAGGUCCCGGACACCGCCCGCGACUACAAGGCUGCGGGCAUCUCGUGGGUCGUGGUCGGCGAUGAGAACUACGGUGAAGGCUCGUCGCGCGAGCACGCGGCUCUUGAGCCCCGCCACCUCGGCGGCCGCGCCGUCAUUGUCAAGUCGUUUGCUCGCAUCCACGAGACGAACCUCAAGAAGCAGGGCAUGCUCCCGCUCACGUUUGCCGAUCCGGCCGACUAUGACAAGAUUACGGGCAACGACAAGAUCUCGAUCGUCGGCCUCGACAAGUUUGCGCCCGGCAAGCCCUUGACGCUCCACGUCACGCCGGCGUCGGGCGCCGCCUUUGACAUCACGGUCAACCACACGUUCAACGACGAACAGAUUGACUGGUUCAAGCACGGCUCGGCCCUCAACUUGAUGAAGAAGCUCAACGCCUAAGUUAGUUGAUGGACGUAUAAUUUUAUAGUGCAAUGCAGCUUGCUUCUUCCUCUGUAACA